AUGGUAUCAUCUGUGGACAAGAUCAAAACGCAAAGUAGUUUUCAGGGGAUUCUGACAGCUCUCUCUGCUGGUCUAGCAUUCUUGGGAGCACCCAGUAUCGGAGCCGUGUUGGUCGAGCAGCAGGCUGCGGCCAGUGUGAAGUAUGCGUCCCAGGCAGCUGUGGUUGGCCUGCAACAAGCACCGCCAACAGCCAAAUCACUCUGGCCGUCAGGAACCGACUCGUCGCAAACUUAUCAGAUCGGACAACUCAAGACUGUCUUGUCCGACGCUCUGAACCAGGAAAAGCAAAGAAUCUCGGAUACGGUGCAUAAAAUCAUGGGUGACCUCGAUCUCUUCCUAAGUUUCUCACAACAAGGUCAAUGGGUCACGAAUGAGACGUACGACUUGUCAGACAAAGCCACUAAUCUUGAUAUGGCUUUGAAAACGUUGUUGACCAGUCAGGUAUUGGCAAAGAAUGGCUGGUACGCAUUUCCAAUGGACGUCUUGGCUCCGAAAUACACGAGCCUCGAUGCACUCAGAGCGGUGAGCACUGGCGCCUAUGGGUGUAAGCAAUGGGCAGACAACGGCAUCUGUACAGGAGACACAGGCCUCAACUUCGUGCAAUGGUGGUCUCCGACCACGCAUCGUAUGUUUCAACUUGAUCAGAAUAAAAAUCCAGACCAGCAGUCAGACCCGAAUCCAACUACAUUGCUGAACGAGAUCGCAAGCAACAAAUGGGCGGACCUCGAGCUUCUCUUCGACGGUAGCUUUAAUUGCACAUGGGAAGGUCGUGCAAGGGGCGACCCAACAGUCGAUUUUGGGUCUGAUGGCAAAUUGGAAUUCGGUUGUAUCAGGCUGACUGCGGAUAUUGCUUCCCAGGAUCUUACCUCUUCCCUGGAAAUGAGUGCGCGUUCACUCUUGUGCCUAAACCUCUCGGGAAAGAUGCCUGCAGGACCCAGGUAUUGA